UGUCGGUGAAGUCAUGAUUACAGUCAUGAUACUGACACCGCUGACUCGCCCGGAUACGAAGCGCAGCAGCGCCGCCUGGCGGCGCUCUACAGCGUCUAUGGUGGGGCGCGUGGCAGCAGGUGGGAGCAGAGCUGCGCUCCCUCACUUGCCUUCCAACCGCCGAGCGCUAUCGACCUGUACCCUACGUUUCGUAUCAUAGUUACUGUGUUAUAAUCUGUAAAGUGCACCUACCUAAUAAAUCAAGUGAUUGCCUACAAAGAGUGUUUCCAUCAAGCCCGGAUCCCAUUGCACGCCCACUAUGUCUGAUGGAGAUGGAGAGCUACUGCCGAACCCCUCACCUUCGCCGACAUCAGAAGUGGGAUCCCAACGAGUGAAUGCAGCAUCAGCACCACUCAGCAGCGACCAAGGUGCCACGGAGCAGAACUGGCGCAUGAUGUUCGAGAUGCAGAACGAGAACAUGAAAGCCCUCAUCGCCGCACUCAAGCAACCUGGACCGAGUGCUGGCUACAAGAUCACGCUUCCGGAGUUCGACCCUGAAAAACCUGAUGCAGACGCACGUGCAUGGUGUGCGACUGCCGACGUGUGCUUCGCAGACAAGCCGCUAGAAGGAGGCCAGCUUGUUGUAGUAAUCAGCAAGGCCUUGAAAGGCGUGGCAUCGACAUGGCUUGCCCAGAUAUCGUAUGCAGGUAUGACAUGGACCCAAUUUAAAGAAAUGUUCGUUGCGCGAUUCGUGUCUGUCGAAACUUCAGCUGCGACGCUCAUUAACCUAAACAAUAAUAAGCCCAAGGACGGCGAGACACUAGCCUCUUAUGGAAGCCGCCUAAUCACUUCCCUACUGAACAACUGGAAAGGAAAAACUGUGGAGCAGAUCGCCGUAUCAACAGUGCUCGCUCACAUGUCGCAAUUCGAUUCGAAAUUACAUCGUUUGGCAUACACAACUGAAAUCGGCACUCGUAAUCGAUUCCAGCAAGAGCUACAAGCGUUUUCCUUCCUAAAACGCAAGGCUAAUUCAUCCCUGGAUCAGAAAAUCGCACCAAAAUUCAAACGUGCCAAAUUUUCCACACUACCCCCUGUAAAGUGUUUUCACUGCGGAAAAAUCGGACACAAGCAAUCUGAGUGCUUUCACCGUGGCAAGGAGGUUCAAAGCAAGAAAUGGACCAAUCCUGCCGUGCCAACUACACGAAGUGGACCACAGCAGCAGCCAACUACAUCGGGCAAGAUCAUUUGCUUUAAGUGCAACGAGCCAGGACACAUCGCGAGCCGGUGUCCAGCGGCCCAGGGCGCCAGCAGAGGUGGCAGCGGUGGCGGGCCCAAUGCUGAGCGUCGUGUCAACGUGUGCGUCGUAGAAGCACCAACAGGAAAUUUAAAUCAUAAAGAAUAACACACACGAGGACGUGUGCAUCACAGGAUGGCCGUGUCGGUGAAGUCAUGAUUACAGUCAUGAUACUGACACCGCUGACUCGCCCGGAUACGAAGCGCAGCAGCGCCGCCUGGCGGCGCUCUACAGCGUCUAUGGUGGGGCGCGUGGCAGCAGGUGGGAGCAGAGCUGCGCUCCCUCACUUGCCUUCCAACCGCCGAGCGCUAUCGACCUGUACCCUACGUUUCGUAUCAUAGUUACUGUGUUAUAAUCUGUAAAGUGCACCUACCUAAUAAAUCAAGUGAUUGCCUACAAAGAGUGUUUCCAUCAAGCCCGGAUCCCAUUGCACGCCCACUAUGUCUGAUGGAGAUGGAGAGCUACUGCCGAACCCCUCACCUUCGC